AGGUAAAAAUAAUGUUACCUUUAUCUAAAACUUCCUGACGAUAGUUGAGUUCGAUUUUUUCCAGCCUUGUCUUUAAACUUAGGAAAACAAAUAAUAACUCAUUCUAUGUAAAGUGGACGUCAAAAAAAAAGAACAUGAAGAACUCGUGGUUUUUAAGCGUUUUUUGUAUCUCCAUAAUUUGUAUAGCCAAUUCUUCUGAAGAUGCCACAACAAUGCUUAGAAAUUUUGUAACUAAACGAGGAUAUCCCUUUGAAACCUAUCAUGCUAACACAGACGAUGGAUACAUUCUUGAAUUACAUCGUAUACCAAAUGGCAAAGCAAAUAAUAAAUCCAAAACAAUUGCCAAUUUAAAAAAGCCUGUUGUAUUUAUAAAUCAUGGUCUUGCUGAUAGUUCUGCUGCUUUUUUGUUCGCUGCAACAAAUCAGUCUUUAGCCUAUAUACUAGCUGAUAAUGGUUAUGACGUUUGGUUGGGUAAUCAUCGAGGAAACAGAUUUAGCAGAAAACACAAAACACUCACUUCAUAUGGAUUUAAAUUUUGGAAUUUUAGUUUCCACGAGGUUGGUUUGUAUGAUCAUCCGGCUAUGAUAGAUUUUAUUUUGAAGAACACUAAACAGAAAAGAUUAUUUAACGUGUGUCAUUCAGAGGGAUGUACAGAAUUAUUUGUCAUGGCAUCGCUUAGACCGGAAUAUAAUAAUAAAAUUAAACUAUCCGUUAAUCUUUCACCUUCAGUGCUUUAUGGUCAUUCACCUCUAAUUCUGAGAUCUAUCUUCAUGUUCUCGUAUUUGCUUCAGGAAGUUUUCGGUCGUUUAGGUUAUAUAAAAGUAUUGGAUAAAAAUUUUAUUACUACCCUAAUAACACGUUUGGUCUGCAAAAAAGGUUCAGUUACAAAUUAUAUUUGUUAUAUUGCAGUGUCUAUUAUACAUGGAUUUGAUUGGUUUAAAACAGACGGAAAUUUGUUAUCUCAAUAUUUGGAAAUUUAUCCCGCUGGAACAUCAAUUAAGGAAGUAAUUCAUUAUGGAUUUUUAUAUUUUUAUCCAGGUACAUUUAGACAAUUUGAUUACGGUGAUUGUAGAAAUAGAGAAAUUUACAAUUCAACAAUGCCUCCAGAAUAUCCUCUGAAAAAGGCAACUCUACCAGUUGUAGUAUUUUACGGAGAGAACGACAAUAUGGGUGCUGUAAAGGAUGUUCAACAAUUCUCAAAAAUGAUACCCAAUGUAAUCGAGGGGAAAUUUCUUCAAAGUUUUAAUCACUUAGGUUACUUUUUACGUGCGGACAUAAAAAAUUUAGUUUAUAAUAGAAUUCUUGAACUUUUUGCAAAACAGUGAACACUUAUCUACUUAUAAAUGAAUAAUAAUUUUUAAUUAAAAAUAAUAAGUAAAACUGUCGAAAUGUUAAAUAGAAAAUUAUUUAAUUUUUAAUUAUGAUAAUAAAUGUACAGACUAAAGUCAGAAAA